AUGCUAAACCUGAAUGCUCCACCACCGACAAUCGCACCAGAGAAAUCCACCGCAUUAGGAGCUGCGAAUGCGCCUAGUGGACCCACAGUAUGGAAAGUCUUAAUUCUGGAUAACAGAAGUAAAGACGUCCUCGCGACGGUGCUACGAGUUCAAGACUUGAGAGACGUUGGUGUCACAUUGCAUGUGCAGUUACAUACCACAAGACCAGCGUUGCCUGAUGUUCCUGCCAUUUAUUUCGUGUCUCCCACCCUCCAGAACAUCAAGAGGAUAGCAGAAGAUCUCAACGCCGGACUGUACGAGAGUUAUCACCUCUCAUUUAUAGAACCUCUACCUCGAGCGCUACUUGAGGAGCUUGCAAGUCUCGUUGCACGAGAUGGCACCAGCGAAUCUAUCGAACAGGUACUAGAUCAAUAUCUAUCCUUCGUCACGCCAUCACCACAACUCUUUUCUCUCCUCCCGGCAUCGUCGACAGCACCAGCUCAACCAAGUGGCUCAGCCCAAGCAGGAGAAGUCUCCAACCUCACAACCGAAUUAACGUCGUACUACACGCUCAACGCACCAUCGGCAACAGAACAAACCAUCGAAGCGGAGAUUGAUCGAAUUGCGAGUGGCUUGUUCUCAGUGGUCGUCACGUCGGGACAAGUACCCUAUAUUCGUAGUCCACGACGGAAUGCAGCAGAGAUGGUUGCGCGAAAGCUUAAUGCAAAGAUUCGGGAUCACAUUCUCAACGCUGCACGCACGGGCAGGAGUCUGUUUGCGAGUGACGGAGGUGGUGUAGGUGCACUGGGAAGACCUGUUCUCAUUAUCCUUGAUCGUAAUAUUGACCUCGUCUCCAUGAUUGCGCAUGGAUGGACGUACCAAAGUCUUAUUCACGAUUGCCUCGAGAUGAAGCUUGGUCGUGUCACUGUGGCUGAGCCACAGAAAAAGACGAAAAAGUCUUACGAUCUCAACUCGUCAGACUAUUUCUGGGCAAAACAUGCAGCAAGCCCGUUUCCUCAAGUUGCUGAGGAAAUUGAUGCGGAGCUGGCCAAGUAUAAGCAAGAUGCAGCGGACAUUACGCGAUCGACUGGCGUCAAGGAUGUCAACGACAUUUCACAACUAGACGUAUCGUCGUCGGCAGCUCACCUCAAGGCGGCAAUCACGCUACUACCAGAACUCACCGCGCGAAAAGCGACAUUGGAUGCGCAUAUGAAUCUCGCGACAGCAUUGCUAGCCGAGAUCAAAGCCCGCGGACUCGAUGAACUCUUUUCGACAGAAGAGGCGAUAUCGCGACAGACUACGCAGCAAAUGCUCGAGUUGCUACGUUCUUUCCAAACGAAAAGCGAGCCAAGUCCGACACCGCAGGAUCAGCUACGACUGGUAUGCGUGUACUAUCUUAGUGCGCCCAACAUUAGCAAAGAGGAUGUCGAGGCGCUAGAAAAGGAACUUACAAAGGCGGGCGUUGAAGAGUGGGAUCUUAGUAGUUUCAGGUAUCUACGCAAGAUGAAGGAUGUCAUGAAGAUGAGCGUUCCAGGAGCAAUAACCGGAACUGCGACACCAGUUGGAGGCGGUAUGGCCGAUGGAUGGGGUCGUGGGUGGGGUGUAUUGGGCAACAAACUCACGGAUAGGCUGAAAGAAGGUGGUUUGGACAACCUUCUCGCGGGCGUCAAAAACUUUUUACCAUCCUCCAAGCUCUUACCCGUCACCCGUAUCACAGAGGCGCUCAUGGACCCAUCGUCCGCGAGUACGGCCUCGUUGACGGAGACGGACGACUUUAUCUUCCUCGAUCCGCGCGCACGCGCGACCCCCGCCGCUGGCGCAGACGGGGAACAAAAGGCGCGACGAAUGACGUUCCAAGAUGCUAUGGUCUUUGUCGUUGGCGGUGCUGGGUAUGCCGAGUAUGGCAACUUGGGCGAGUGGUCGGCCAAGACGAAUCGACGCGUGAGCUACGGCGGCACAGAAAUUCUCGAUCCAUGCACGUUCUUGGACGUGCUAGGGAAACUGGGAUCUAUGUAG